AACUUUCGGCUUAUUAAUGAAACGCAAUAUAUAAAUGUAUAAUAGUUCUAAAUUAAAUUCAUUUGGUACGCACUUGUUCAUCAGAACGACAUAAUUGUAUACUUACGUUAAAUUUAUCGAAAUUUUAAGCAAUGUUUGGAUUAACUUUAAAUCGCGAUUUUCGUAUACUAUUAACUAGUAAUUUACUGUCAUCGGAGAUAUUGAUAGCAGUGAUUUUUAUUUUGAUCUUAACGUAUCUGUGGAGUGACAUUAAAAAUUAUUUAGUAGCUUAUGGUAAAUUAGUAAAAGCAGCUAAAUCAUUUCCUGGCCCUCCGACGCUUCCUUUAAUUGGAAAUGCGUUAAUUUUUGCCGGACACAGAGAUGAGAUUUUGAACAAACUUAUGAAGCUCGGUAAAACGAAUCCCGAUACAUUUAGAGUAUGGCUAGGCCCUGUAUUGGCUAUCGUCAUAACAAAUCCUAAAGAUUACGAGAUUGUCUUGAGUAGCCCAAAAAUAAUUGAAAAAGCAUUUUUUUACAAUUUAAUGGAACCAAUAGCUAUAAAUAGUCUGAUUAAUGGAAAAGGACCGAAAAUGCGCGCCAGACGUAAAAUGAUAAUUCCCAUCAUAAAUGGCAAACAGUUAUCAAGUUAUAUUCAAAGUUUUAAUUUUCAUACUCGACGUUGCGUAAAACUUCUUACAAAAAGAGAAGGCAAUGGCGAAUUCGAUGUAUUCAAUGACAUGGAACUUUGUAUUUCAGACAUUAUCUAUGAAACAUUGUUUGGGAUUGAAGGAACGGCACAAAUUAAUGGAGACGCAUCAAUUGCUCAAAUUAUUGAGAAUGCAAUAAAUAUUCUUUGGGAAAGGAUUCUCAAAAUUUGGUUGCACCCUUCAUUUAUUUUUCACAUGACUAAAAACGGUAAAGUAUGGAGAGAGUCUGAUAUAUUGCUUCGAGAAUAUUUAAAUAAGAUUAUAACUGACAAACAAAGGAUAUAUGAAGCAUUAGAAAAAGGUGAGGAAAAUAUUGAAAGACCUAAACCAUCGAUACUCGAUUCAGUUAUCGAGACUGCUGUCAGAACAAAGUCGAUUUCUGUUGAUGAAAUUCGUUAUGAUAUGAUUGCUUCUUUUGUUGGUUCUAAUGAUACGAUUCAUGGUGUGAUAUCAUUUGCAUUAUUAAUGAUAGCGAUGCAUCCCGAUGUUCAGGAAAAAGUACGUGAAGAAAUAUUGGAUGUUGUUGGAGCAGAUAGUGAUGUUUGUGAAGAACAUAUUAGUAAAUUGAUAUACAUGGAAAUGGUUAUCAAAGAAACAAUAAGACUAUUUCCGGUUGGACCCUUGAUUGCUAGAAGUGUCACUGAAGAUAUAGAUAUCGAAAAUUAUACGGUUCCAAAAGGCAGCACUCUGGCUAUCUUAGCCUGUGUAACUCAUAGAUCUGAAAAGUACUGGACGGAGCCUGAAAAGUUCAUUCCAGAAAGAUUUCUGCCGGAAAACUCAAAAGACCGGCAUCCUUAUGCUUUCAUACCUUUCAGUGGAGGCCUUCGUGGAUGUCCUGGUUAUAAGUUUGGUCUUGCUUGUCUAAAAGUACUAAUUGUUCACUUCGUUCGUAAUUACCAAUUUAGUACGACGAUGAAACUUGAAACAAUGAAAUUGAAAACACAUAUAUCUGUUAGGUCAGCAAGUGGAUACAGAAUGUCUAUUAAAAAAAUAAUUUCCUAAUUUAAAGUAUAUAUAUAUAUACAAUUUUUCUUCAAGACUUAUCAAUUCCAUCAUAUUCAGAAUAUAUUUUUAAGAAUAUUCAGUCACGACCCAGAUUUUCUUUCGGAUCAAAUAAAAAUUUCUUUUUUUUUUCUUAAUUUUUAUUUGUUGAGUUUUAUUUGCUAAAAAAUUCAAAGACCAGUCACCCGAAAAAUUAAAAAAUUACCAAGAGUUCAUCCGUACAUAUCACGGAGAGAAAAAAAUAGUAAUGAUUACUAUGUUACAUAAUAACCAGACUCAUUUUUUGUAAAAUGGUAAAUAAUGCUAUGUAGAAUAGAACUCAUUACCAUUUUUCUGGUAAUGAUUACUAUGUUACAUUGAAACAACUAAAAUGGUAAAAAUCGCUAUCUAGCAUGGGAAUCAGGGCUAUGUAGAAUGGUACUCAGUCCCAUGCUGGAAUAGCUGUCGUUACAGUUUAAUAAGUGAGACAAGAAAGUAAACAUGCGCGGACGUUUGCCCAGUAACCUAUGUGUAUGUGUUACAUGUAUGUGUGCGAAGUAUAUUAUUAAAUAUUUUAAUUUAUUUAAUUAUUAUUUAUCUGUUAUCAAAAAAUGAUAUUUCAUUUUGAGCAAUAUCUUAAUUAUUUCAAUAGAUUAAUUCAAUUUCUACAUAUAUCUAUUUAUAGUAACCUGAGUUAUUUGUUUUGUCAUAACCUUAUUUACUAAAAAUGAAAUAAAUAAAACAUCGUAAACGUUACUAGGUAACAUUGUAGCCAUAUCCAUUUACAUAGUUCUCUCGUCAAUGUAGAAUAGUAAUCACUUCUAUGCUAGCAUAGCCACCGUUACUAUGUAGAAUGGGGGGGAUUACUCUGCCCGGUGACUCUCGACGUUAAAAAAUCCUCGUUUCUAUGUAACAUAGUAAUGGUUACCAUUCUACAUAGGAAUUAUAACUAUUUUUUUCUCUCCGUGUACAAAUGUACAAAAUAACUUUUUAGAAAAAUCGUGCGGGAUAUUCCCUAAUUUUCAAAAUUAGUUUAGAGGCCACCUGUUGGGAUGUUUUAAAAGUAAAUCAAUGAACUUAUGACCGUUUAUAAAAACUUUCAGUGAAAAGCAUAAUCAAAUAAAUUCACAGAUAAAAUUAAUUAAGUUAAUUA